AUGCCGCACACCAAAACCGACACCGCGUUCCGAUACCCCCAGAACGAUGAGCAAAGCCGUCGUCUUCGCAACACCACCCAGAAUCAAAGAGCUGCUGAGCGACAGCAAUCUUCAUCGCAGUCAGCCACUGCAGCAUCCCUGGCAGCCGAUCCGACCUCUAGCUGGGGUCCAGAGGAAUACUUUGAGACCACCGUCGAUGAGUAUGGUAAUCCGGUCACCGAUCAGUGGUCGUUUACAGAUGGUGCGAGGAUGAAUAGAGGCGUCUCAGGCCAGGAUGAGGCGGAUGCCUUUGAGGCUGCGAAUGAUAAAUUUGAUUAG